GUCAUCUGUCCUGCCCGCAGGCUUCAGGCUCUUGUGCGUUGGCCAUGAAGCAAAAGAAGGCUGUUGCGUGAAAUAACCUCCUUCUGACUCCACCCUUGCAUUUGUGAGAUGUAAACAGCAGUGUUACCAAGAGAUCUUCCAGGGAGCACGUUGCAGGUCGUCCUUGGCGGAAGGAACCAUGAACUGGCAUCUCCCCCUCUUCCUCUUGGCCUCUGUGACGCUGCCUUCCAUCUGCUCCCACUUCAAUCCUCUGGCUCUCGAGGAACUAGGCUCCAACACGGGGAUCCAGGUUUUCAAUCAGAUUGUGAAGUCGAGGCCUCAUGACAACAUCGUGAUCUCUCCCCAUGGGAUUGCGUCGGUCCUGGGGAUGCUUCAGCUGGGGGCAGACGGCAGGACCAAGAAGCAGCUCGCCAUGGUGAUGAGAUACGGCGUAAAUGGAGUUGGUAAAAUAUUAAAGAAGAUCAACAAGGCUAUCGUCUCCAAGAAGAAUAAAGACAUUGUGACAGUGGCUAACGCCGUGUUUGUUAAGAAUGCCUCUGAAAUUGAAGUGCCUUUUGUUACAAGGAACAAAGAUGUGUUCCAGUGUGAGGUCCGGAAUGUGAACUUUGAGGAUCCAGCCUCUGCCUGUGAUUCCAUCAAUGCAUGGGUUAAAAACGAAACCAGGGAUAUGAUUGACAAUCUGCUGUCCCCAGAUCUUAUUGAUGGUGUGCUCACCAGACUGGUCCUCGUCAACGCAGUGUAUUUCAAGGGUCUGUGGAAAUCACGGUUCCAACCUGAGAACACAAAGAAACGCACUUUCGUGGCAGCCGAUGGGAAAUCCUAUCAAGUGCCAAUGCUGGCCCAGCUCUCCGUGUUCCGGUGUGGGUCGACAAGUGCCCCCAAUGAUUUAUGGUACAACUUCAUUGAACUGCCCUACCACGGGGAAAGCAUCAGCAUGCUGAUUGCACUGCCGACUGAGAGCUCCACCCCGCUGUCUGCCAUCAUCCCACACAUCAGUACCAAGACCAUAGACAGCUGGAUGAGUAUCAUGGUGCCCAAGAGGGUGCAGGUGAUCCUGCCCAAGUUCACAGCCGUAGCACAAACAGAUUUAAAGGAGCCGCUGAAAGUUCUUGGCAUUACCGACAUGUUUGAUUCAUCAAAGGCAAAUUUUGCAAAAAUAACAAGGACAGAAAACCUCCAUGUUUCUCAUAUCUUGCAAAAAGCAAAAAUUGAAGUGAGUGAAGAUGGAACCAAAGCUUCAGCAGCAACAACUGCAAUUCUCAUUGCAAGAUCAUCGCCUCCCUGGUUUAUAGUAGACAGACCUUUUCUGUUUUUCAUCCGACAUAAUCCUACAGGUGCUGUGUUAUUCAUGGGGCAGAUAAACAAACCCUGAAGAGUAUACAAAAGAAACCAUGCAAAGCAAUGACUACUUUGCUACGAAGAAAGACUCCUUUCCUGCAUCUUUCAUAGUUCUGUUAAAUAUUUUUGUACAUCGCUUCUUUUUCAAAACUAGUUCUUAGGAACAGACUCGAUGCAAGCGUUUCUGUUCUGGGAGGUAUUGGAGGGAAAAAACAAGCAGGAUGGCUGGAACACUGUACUGAGGAAUGAAUAGAAAGGCUUCCAAAUGUCUAAAAGAUUCUUUAAACUACUGAACUGUUACCUAGGUUAACAACCCUCUUGAGUAUUUGCUGUUUGUCCAGUUCAGGAAUUUUUGUUUUGUUUUGUCUAUAUGUGCGGCUUUUCAGAAGAAAUUUAAUCAGUGUGACAGAAAAAAAAAAUGUUUUAUGGUAGCUUUUACUUUUUAUGAAAAAAAAUUAUUUGCCUUUUAAAUUCUUUUCCCCCAUCCCCCUCCAAAGUCUUCAUAGCAAGCGUUAUUUUGGGGGUAGAAACGGUGAAAUCUCUAGCCUCUUUGUGUUUUUGUUGUUGUUGUUGUUGUUGUUUUAUAUAAUGCAUGUAUUCACUAAAAUAAAAUUUAAAAAACUCCUGUCUUGCUAGACAAGGUUGCUGUUGUGCAGUGUGCCUGUCACUACUGGUCUGUACUCCUUGGAUUUGCAUUUUUGUAUUUUGUACAAAGUAAAAAUAAACUGUUAUGAGUAGUAAAAAUAAA